UGCACAACGGCUGGAUAGUGUUCCCAGCAUGUUGUUCUUAUUGCUGUUCAUGGUGCUCGUGCCUUUAAAAUGUGCAGAAGGGUUGACAGUUGGUGAUGUUUCUACGCUGAUACCCGCCUAUGCUCUCACUUCCCACAAUUAUAUAAGAACUUUUUAUUCGGAAACACACAGGGUACUAUGUUUCCGAAUGAGAGAACCAGAACAUUUUAAGGUCAGGAAGGAUGAAUAUGUAACCAGCAGCUUUGUAGCAAUCCUCUACACAACGUAUAAAUCUUGGGGUGGAUUUGUAGCGAUGGCAGCCAUAUAUCCCGAAUCUUGUCAUCACAGUCUUGGAGAUGCAAUCAACGUUAAGGAUAGCGAAUUUGAAGUAAUGCUAGGCGAAUAUAGUUAUGAAAAGAAAUGGGCGUACUUUAAGGACUCAAAAUGUAAAGGAACUCGUUUUCAAGAUAAACACUUGCCUGAUACAUCGUGGUAUUCUCUUAGACCUCAGGGCCCAAAUGAUCCUUCUGAAGACCCACAUGUUGCUAAAUCUAAAGUUGAAGACGUUCUUACUAUUUCUCAACAAGACUCCUAUAGUAUCUUACAAAACCUCAAAAUCACUAUCCAUUUUUUUGAACUUGGGACCAAAUUCGUUUUGAAAUGUUUCGAACUAAAUGACGAAGAAAGAGAGAAAUUACAUUCCGAUGCAAAGUACGUGUCUAUUCUUUCCAAUGAUGAACAAGGUACGAACAUGGUACUUAUCAUGACCUCUUGUGAAAAUAUGGACAAAAACAUUAUAAACGUCCAAAACAACAAAAUGGAAGUAAGGUUGUCAAAUGGCAAUUGGGCGUAUUUUGAAAACCAUGAGUGCAAAGGAAAAGAAUUUUCGAAUAGCCAACUUCCCGUCACAGUAUGGAUAUUGCAAGACGCAGAGGAUUUUAAGAAAGAAAUGGACCAUUCACAAGUUUUGGCUGUUUUCCCCGAUCUCUCAGAAACUUGGAUGGCGGAAGUCAAAAGACCAGUUAAGUUAACUGCGUUUUACAAGGAAUUUGUUCUGAAUUGCUAUGAGCUUGAAGAUGAGAAAAUUUACGGAUUUAAAUACAAUAACAAUCGAAAAGCAAUAACUUCCAAAUACGUAGCGACGAUUGAGAAUUUACACGGAGAAUUAAAAGUGAAAUACUUGCUCUCUGCUUUGGUUAUGAAAUCAUGUGAUAAUAUGGACAGAAACAUUAUAAACAUAGUAACCGAAGAUAACAGUUACCCGUGUUUGGAGGUAGCUGUGUUGGGGCAGCCGAGGCUGUUCUUUCGUCUUAACUGUCGAGCUGUACAGUCCGAUCCCUCUAUGAGGUUUCCCUAUUCUAAAUGGACAUUGCAAAAGCCUGAAGAUGUCUAGGAUGAGCCAAUGCAUGAGUAGUUGGGCCUGCAUACCCUCCUGGCCUACAACCGAAACAAAACAUUACCUGGUUUGAUCAGUUAAUCAGCUGAAUAUGAGACAUCUUUUAAUUCAUUA